UUCGGUAGUGCCAACAGCGCCAAGUUUAAAACUACACCCACGGCUCUCCCAAGAAGAUUACCAUUAUGCGUGUGAACACACAACAAUAGUUUCAAAUUUUGAGUUGCGUCACGCGUGAAAGUUCUACUAUUGUUGUAUUUUGCGUUAGUGAAUUAUGUUGUGACAUCUGGUGCUGUAAAAAUUCCGGUGGUGAUGUGGUUCAGUUGAAAAACCUCGGACCGUCUUUUUUUUUAUUAAAAAUACAGUGCGGCACCGACUUACAGUUCUGCGGCCGUUUUUGUUAACUUUUACUUACAAUGGAUUUACUGGAGCGUACCCAUUAAAUUAACAGUGUAAUUCUUCGGAUAUAAUAAGCAUAGCGAAUUAAUUUAAUAGGUAUUUUAUUCGGGGUAUGUAUUUUGCUGGCACUCGGGUUUUUUGAACUUUGCUUGAAACGAAACUAGGAUUUCGUAAGUAAGAAAGGAUCCCGAAUUUUAUUGACACUAAACAUAAAAACAAAAGUAAACAUUUCGCCAGCUCAAGUGUAACAUAAAUUGUCACCUUUUUUUUUCACUAGUCACUUUUGUCCCGAAUAUGGCGUGCCAAUAAAAUCAUUAUUAUAUCCACAUCCAAUUUUAGCAAACUUUCCAAAGUAGGUGUUCAGCAUUUUGUUAACUGCGCAUAAACAUGUUGACCCGCAGACAGCCAGUUCAUAUCCCUGUUUUGAUGAUUGCCAUCUAACGCCAAAGUGGGAGAAACACCUGAAGUUAACAACGUAAUAUAAACAAUUUAUUAAUAUAACUUUCAUCUGGCGUAUACUUCAUACAGAGAAACUCAAUUGCACCUUUCCACUAACCAGGCAGCAAUGCAAAGUAUAAAUAAGAAUUUACCAGUCAUAUAGAAAAUAAAAGACACGAUUCCCGUUUGCCAACUAGGCAGCGGAGUUACCGAUCGUUAAAUUAUCGAAACAUUAUCAUCUAAGGGGAGAGUUAGGAAGAAUGUCGUCAUGUAAUGGCAACGGGUCGCACAGUAAGGCAAGUGAAGCAAGGGGAACGACUAAGGAGAUCCCAGACGUCUUUGAAUCCCGUGUCUUCGCCAGAAGUGCGGUUCAAGCCCAACUGUGAUGUUGCCAAGGUGGUUAAAACUAGCGAUCUUGUUGAGGUGGAAGGCUAUGGGCCAUACAAGCCAGUCCCGCCACCAAAGCCGCUCCCCCAGCAAGCUCUCCAGUCGCAGGAGCUGCAGCAGCUCGAUUGCUUCACGCCGCCCCCCUACAGAAUGCCCCCUUACCCCCUGUUCAACGAGCCGAACAUCCCAGGUGCAGCUGGUUUAGAUCAUCCCAUCGCCUCUUCUAGUCCUGCCACUCCCCAAGGACUCCACACGCACUCCAGUAAAUUUCCGAUUGAAAGGGAAGUUAUACUGUCAAGCACUGACAAGAAUUCCAAAAUCCCCAUCCUUCACGACUACAAGAAGCGGACAAAAGCUUCAGUAGCACCAGACGCCCCACCCAAACAGAUGGCUGCCUGGACUCAAGGACAAAUUCAAAACCACCAAAUAUUGCCGGAUCAGACCCAUUCUGGUCUGAUUCAAACCAUCCAACAAAGCGCCGAUCCCAGUGGCGCUACCUACAGGGCAACGUACCACCCCAUUCAAGAAUACUACAAUGGGCCGAACCCGAAUACUACAGGAGCGGUGCCAAGAUCCUCGUGGCACACCACUGUGGAUCCCAAUAAGCCCGCACCAAGGCCUAUGCAACCCACCGAUGAUUUUCAUAAUCCCCAAACUGUCUCAGUACAAAUAGAAUGUAAAGACCAAGUUCCAAAGGAACAGAAAAACCCUAAGUCCAUGACCAAAACCUACCACACCAUAAAGGAUAUUAUAUCGAAUAGAUUUAAGAGCAGCAGGGAAAUCGAAGAGAAAACUGAAGAGACUGGACUCAAUAACAAUGCGGAUGAAACGAGGAAGACUCAAAUUGGCACCGCGGAAGAACAAGAGAAGAAACCACCGUGUGACCAAGUUGGUUAUCAAAAACAACCCAUGCAGCAAUAUCAGUACAACCAGCACUACAUCCAGCAACAUAUGCUUGCUCAACAAGCCCAACAACAGUACCAGCAGCAGCUGAAAAGUCACCACCAGUACAAUCAGCAGCUGGCCCAAGCGCGAUCACAAGAAAUGUUAACUCCCCGUCCAGAAGAACAGUUAUACUACCAAAGCAAUUACCCAAAUAAUCCACCAAGAGGUGUGGGAAGAUUUGUACAACAAACACCUAGCAGGGAACAGAAUUUCGUCACGGUACAACCUCACGUACAGUUUCAGAAUGGUAAAGAAUCCCAACUGGAAGAUCGCCGUGCGCUAACUGGUUCCGAACGUAGAAGCGCCCAACAACUCGAAAGAGAUAAUCUUAGACAAAGGAGUUUUGAAGCAAGAAGAGCGGCAUCUCAACCUCAACUAGCAUAUGACGACGAAGUGAAUCCUGAAGUCCAGAACAACAGACCUCCUCUUCAAGUGAUUACUCCCGUUCGUAGAGGAUCUCAUGGAAACAUCAUGGAAGCUCAGAUGAACCAAGAAAUGGAGAAAGACAGCGACGACGGAGGAUUUCUUAAACGAAAAGGAUCCAGGGAGAGAAGACUAGAUGCUCCUCCUCAACAGAAAGAAGGCAAUAUGCAAAAUGAGAGUCAGUAUUGUGAGAGUAAGAAAGAACACAAAUCUCAUUCUAAAGAGGACCCCAAAGUUACGGACGGUCUUCAUGGAACCCCUAGAAGAAAACUGGAAGGGGAAAUAGGUAAAAUUGAAGGAGUGUACAAUGUUGGUCAAAGAUCAACGAAAGUAGAAGACGAAACGAAAAUACCAAAGAAAAAUCCUAGCUCCGCGACAAGUUCUGACUAUGAUAAAACCGGAGGUCAGUCGUCGUCAAACGUGGAUUCCGGUCGAGGUAGCGCAGCUUACAGCAGUGGAAGAAGACCUGGAGGCAUUGAUUUAAACGGAGAAACUUUCGAUUCUGGACAGAUGAAUCCUGGAAAUAACUAUAGAGAUGCUCAUGGAACAGCUCAUGAUAAUGAAUGGGUGGAUAUUGUAGAAAACGAAUUGAGGCACAUCCUCGAGCCAAAACUCCAUGAGUUGUCCCUUCAAGGAAAGAAUGCAGGUGUCGCAAAUUCAACAUUUAGUGAAAGCAUCUCCUCGAUGACUCCACCAUUGCCACCAUUAUCUCCUGGUGACCAAUCGUCUCCUAACGAGACACCGAGAAAUUCGGCUAGAUACAAACAUAGCAGUUUACCUUUUGGAAGUAAACCAGAUUAUGAUGGUUACAAAGGAAAAGCGCACACACGAGAGGUACCCAGCAAUUCUAGAUGGAAUAGUUCGUCUCAAAAACACAGAACAACCAAAAAGAUGGAUCAUAGCACUUCACAUAGAGGAAAACAAAUAUUUGGAUUGGAAAAUCUCGAUAUCACUUCAACGACCACAAGGUCGAUGGACUUGGAAUCCAUCCUGGACGGUCAAAGUGAUUCAGAGGGAGACAUGAGCACCACGGAUGCGAGAACCAUCAGAAAACAACUAGAAGGCCUAGAGAUGAUGUACUCAGAGGUGUUAAAGCUUCUAGGAGUCAACAAAAAACAUACAGGACGUUACCAACCUUCAGAUCCCCGAUUUAGCAAGAGGAGAUACGGAAGCAUGUCUUCCCUGCCUUCUAGUUCGGUCAGCAGUAGACCGAUAAGGGAUAAAAGGAGAGCCACGGAAGAGAGAAAGAAAGUACGGGACAUCAGAGGAAUAAACAAGAGAUUCCAGAGGUUGGAGUCUCACGUGGUGACUCUAGCUAGGUCUGUGGCUCAUCUCUCAUCGGAAAUGAGAACGCAACAUCUGAUGAUUCAGGAGAUGGAGAAUAUACGUGGUGAAAUAGCAGCUUUAAGGACCCAGACUAACAUGUUGAAUGUCAGAUCACAGUCAGCUUCUAGGGCAGUUAGUUCGAAGGAACUACCCACACUGGCCAAUCCUACUAGGGUGAAGAAGUUGACUAAGUUUUUUGGAGAUGAGCCGCCAUUGUUAAGAUUAUUUUUAAGGAAAUUGGGAUACGAGAAAUAUGCAACCCUAUUCGAGAGCGAGCGCGUUGGUAUGGUGGAAUUGCCGUACAUGAGCGAAGAAAGGCUUCAGAAAAUGGGGGUGCCGUUGGGGCCUAGAUUGAGAAUAAUGCAAGAGGCGCAAAUUUCCGUUUGUAAGGAUAAUACUUUGUGUAUAGUAUAGACAAAAUAUUGUUAAAUACAAAAUAAGCCCAAGUUCAAGGUUUGCAAUGAAAGGUAGAUCUAAGUUAAAUUAAAGUAUGUACUGUUGAAACCUUAUCAGUAUCAACAGCAGAUUAAUUGGAAUUUUCAUAAAAAAAUCUUGAAAGUGGCGGCUCAUUAAGUUAUAUAUUGUAGAUUAGGUACCUAAUGUUAUGGCUACUAAGUAACUAUUUAUACAACGAAAUAAGUAUUUCGUAUUCUAAAAAAUUGUAUAUUUUUGUACUCAUAUAUGUAGCUAGUAGGUAAAACAGUAAAGAGAAUGUGGUUUUUUACCAAUGUUGAGAAUGGUUUGUGGAUACUUACAUGCAUUUCAAUUGUAAUGAAGAUUUGCCAAUAAUACCAAAGAUAUAUUCUUUGUACUCGUACUUUCCAUAUGUAAUUGUUUUUUUUAUUUAAUAAACAUUGUAAUAUACCUGUGAGGUUUAUUAUUGCUGGCCUGUUAAGGUCCCU